AUGUCGUACGCCGUUGAGUCGAAGAAGCGAAAGUUCCACAGGGUGCUGGAAUCGAUUUCCAAGCCUCUUAUAUCCGAAAAUGCUGCGAAACAGCCGACAUCGAAGCCCGCGCCAGCCGCCUCGGCGCGCGGUCGUCUCCCCGGUGAUCUCUCUAUCAAGAAGGUUCGCUUGAGCAGCAAUGACCAAUCCGACUUUGCGUCCGUUCGAAACUCGAUACUCAAAACUUCACUCCCAUCCGUCCACGUUUCAUCGACCUCUUCCUCUAAACGCCCGACUUUCGUGCCUUGGGACCGCGAACGAUUCUUGGAGCGGCUCGAGACCUUUCGCCGCGUCGACCGAUGGACCACCAAACCGCCACCGAUCAACGAAGUGCAAUGGGCGAAGCGCGGCUGGAUUUGUACAGAUGUCAUGCGCGUGAGCUGCGUUAGUGGUUGUGGCGGCUCCGUCGUGGUAAAGGUACCAGAUGAGAUCGAUGAGCUCGAUGGAUAUGAUGUCGAGAAGGUCCAGGAGAGGAAGCAAGUCCGCAUGAAACUUGUGGAGGAAUAUGAGAAGCUCAUGAAAGAAGCUCAUGGCGAGAACUGUCCGUGGCGGAAUAAGAGCUGCGAUGCGACCAUUCAACAUCUCCCACUGGCCAACCCAGACACUGCCAUCGCCGGGCUGCGAGAACGCUACCUCAACCUCGUUAAGAUGGGAGAUAAACUACCGGCCGAUAACAUCAUAAAGACCCCUGAUGGAUUCGACAUUGAAAGUUUAAUCAAAAUCCUGCCCGAGGACUGGUCAACAGAUCCCAAUGAAUCUGUGGAGACGAACGCAUCGAAAGAAAACAAUGCUGGUGACCAGGAACCAGCUUCGCAACCACCGACACCAACGCCAACAGCGGCAAUUUCGAAGCCGCCUGCUGAUGAUACCCAUCCUAUUAAUCGAGCAGCACUGACACUGUCUUUCUUCGGUUGGAACGCAGUAGCCGAUGCGGCUGCUGGCCUGGUUGGGUGCAAGGCAUGUUUCCGUCGCUUAGGUCUCUGGAUGUACAAGCCCAAGAAAAACGGAGACGUCACUGUCUACUCGUCUCUGGAGGUUGCUACCGAACAUAUGGAAUACUGUCCGUGGAUUGAUCGGCUUGCUCAGAGCGGAACAGGCCGACCUAAUGAGAACCCUGACGAGCUACGCAGCGGCUGGGAGGCGGUGUCAGAGGCGCUCCGGGUGAAACACCGUCGCCGCAUUCGUUCAACAGCACCCAUGGACUUGCCUCGUACAGCCCGGAGUACUUCACCGGCGGAGACAUUCGGAGGCGAAGAGGACGAGGAAAAGAAGAAAAAGGCUGACCGUGAAUGGUGGGCGAAGAUUCGGCGCAUGCGGCAGGUCUUGACACCCAAGGCUUCGCUACACAAAUCUACCAACUCCAAGUGA